CCGGAAGUACACGUAUCUGUAUCCAAACAUUCUACGUAGAAAUAAACAUUCUGGAAAAUACCAACUCAAGAAUUCAAUCUCUAUUUAGAUUGCCAGUGGCCUGAAAAACUGAACAUUAUCAGAAAAUGAGGAGCAUUUUGUGUUUAUUCUUUGUGCAAACGUUUAUUGCUGUUGCACUGGGGGCAUUUGGAAGUCAUGGCGACAAAAUUCGACUCACAGAUAUUCAAACUCUUACCUUGAAGAGUGGAAUGAUGACCAAUGCCAGAAGAUCUGCGGCCGUCCCUCAGUUGAAGUGUGUGGGAGGGACAGCUGGUUGUCAUGCCUUCAAGCCACAAGUUGUGCAGUGUUAUAACAGGGGGUCUGAUGGUUAUGAUGUACAGUGGGAAUGUAAAACAGACAUGGACAAUGCUUACCGCUUUGGUUCAGUGGACGUGACCUGUGAGGGAUAUGAUUAUCCUGAUGACCCCUAUGUUUUGAGAGGCUCCUGUGGGUUGGAGUACACAAUUGAUCUCACAAAGGAAGGAUACCAACAGCAGCAUAGUGGGGGACAUGAUUACUAUGGUGGUCACUCAUAUAGUAGCCCUUAUACUGGUAGUCAGUCGCAUGGAUUUGGACGCAAAGUGGGGUCAAUAUUUAGUGAUCUGUUAACACUUGGGGUGGCUGCUCUGAUUAUUUACGUUAUUUAUAAGACAUGCAUAUCAGCAACAACUGGUUAUGCUGCCAAUAAUGGCUACAGACCCAUGGGUAGUGAUAAUCAACCUCCUCCACCAGGCUUCAGAGAUGAGUACACACAGCCAGGAUGUGGAACCACUUACACUCCAGGCACUGGUUACACAGGUGGUGCAGGAACUGGUGGAGGAUUCUGGUCUGGAGCUUUCACAGGUGGCAUUCUGGGAUACUUGCUAGGAAACAACAGGAAUAAUUAUUAUGCCCCUGGCUAUGCCUCACCCUACACAACAGGCUGGGGAUGGAAUAGGAGGGCCUCACCAGGCUGGUUCAGCUCUGGCUCUGGUUCAGGGUUCAGCAGCAUGGGAGGACUUGGAGGAGGGUCAACUGGCACUCGUACAGCUUCAGGAUUUGGAGGUACAAAAAGGAGAUUUACUCUCAAUAUGUGGGAGAAGUAUUCAUUCAUUCUGUUAUUGUUUUAUUUUACAGCUGCUGUUGGUGAUAUCUCAGUGAUCUCGGCUGCACAUGUAUGUGAUUUAAAAUCAUGUAAAAGUCCAUCAACUCUAGAUUGUCCAAGUUUGAACUCGUCAUCCAGAGGUCGUUGCUGUCUAAAAGAAAAUGAUUCAUUGUCCCCAGCUUCAGUGACUGGAAUUGAUUUAAUAGACUGUAGCUUGACAAAUAUAUCUGGGCUUUUUCAUUCAAUGGAACAUUUGAACAUUUUGUACCUACACAAGAACAACAUCAGUGAAAUUGAUGUAGAUGACUUUACUGGGGUUAAUGACUUAAAGAAUUUGACUUUGCCUCCAAAUUUGUCAUGUCCCGGUGGACCUUCUUUAUGGAGCACAGAAGAAAUUCAUCCAGAUAUGGUGGUUUGUUUAGAGGAACGGAGCACAUGUAAAGUUUUCAAUGUAAGUUGUCCCAAUUCCAAUAGCUAUUGUUCUGAUGUGGGCCCACAGAUUACGGAGUGUCUCUGCAGACCAGGUUUCCAUGGUUACAAGUGUUUAAGGAAGGAUGAUUUUCCAACAGCAACAUUUGUGAUAGGAAUUUGUGUUAGUACAUUUAUAUUGUCUGCAUUCUUAUGGAUAACACAAAGAAGGAAGGUGAAAACACAUUAACAGGAGUGUAUUUGGUCAGUUAUAUGGGAUUGGUUCCAUAUAUAGUGAUUUAAGGAUUUUUCUAAACAUAAUCCAUGAUUUGGGAUCAAAUGUUUUCUUCAAUGCUGUGAAAAGGCAUUACCGGUACUUUAAUUUCAUCAUUUGUUUGCACAUUAUAUUUAUAUCUUUGAUAAUGCUUGCAUGACAGAAAUAUGUGAUAACUUUUUACAUGCAAACUGAUUUUUAAGUAAAUUUUGAAACUUUUUUCAAUGUUAGAAAUUGAGUUAUACAAUUUUUUUUUAGAAUAUUAAUAAAUGCAAUUUAAAAAAUUAAGAAAGGUUCCUUUCAAAAGUUAUCAUAUAAUACUAACAUACAUGUAGGGACAUCAUUAUAUGAAGUAAAAUGUAUGCGUGUACUUCUCAGAGGAAGUAUUUUAAUUUGGACAAUCUUUUUUAAAGUCACCAGACUUCAUAAUUGUUAGAAAAUCUAGUCAUAAGUGUUACACAUCUGUUAUGUCAGCAUCAUUUGUUCACAUCAUUUGUUGUCCUGUUCUGUGUAGAUUUCAGUGAAAUUAAUUUUAUGCAAUAUGGUGCCAAAGACAUUUUCUGUUCUUGUUUUAUUUUGUUCUUUAACUUGUGUUAAAUUUUAAUUGAAUGUUUAUUUACUUUAAGAAACAAGAAUAUUUGAAAGUUCAUUUCCGUGUAUGUAUAUAAUUAGCACCCAUAGUUAAUAUCAUCUUGAGAUACUUAAUAUCAUGUGAAACAUCUUUUUUUAGAUGCUUUGUCUCAUGUUUGGAAGUUUUGGAUUUUACAAAUGUUCGUAACUUUGUUACUUGUGAAAGAUCAAAAAGAAUGUAUGUUAUGUAUUUUUUUUUAUAUAUUCAUUUUUAUUCUUUUAUAGUUCCUAAUAAACAAUUGCAAUUUUU